AUGGUCAAGAAGCUCAAGGUCCCCAAUCAGGAGCGCAAUGGCUUAAAUGCUGAUCAAGUUGCUGAGCCAAAAUAUGGCAAAGGUGUGCUUCGCGAGUAUUUAAUCACUACAUCUCUGGUACCAAUUUUGGCUAAAAGAUCGAUCCACUCCAAAGAAUACUUUUUAAUAGCUAUUUUAGCCUUGAGUUCAUGGUACGUCAGAGCUACUUUAUUGGAAGUUCCCAAUUCAGUAGUAUUUGAUGAAGUUCAUUUUGGUGGUUAUGCCUCUAAAUAUAUUUUGGGCCAGUAUUUUAUGGAUGUUCACCCACCGUUAGCUAAGAUGCUAUUUGCAGCUGUUGGAGCUUUUGGUGGUUUUAAGGGGGAUUUCAAAUUUGAAAAAAUUGCUGAUUUGUUUCCUAAAUCAACACCUUAUGUCUUGAUGAGGACUUUUCCUGCUGUCUUGGGAAUUGGUACCGUAAUUUUAGCCUACUUGACAUUGAGAUGUUCUGGAGUCAGACCGUGGGUAGCAUUUAUUACCAGUGGUGCUUUGAUUUUUGAAAAUGCUACAAUUACGCUAUCAAGAUAUAUUCUUUUGGAUUCACCGUUACUAUUUUUCAUUGCAGCUGCUGCAUAUUCAUGGAAAAAAUUUGAAAUUCAAAUUCCAUUCUCUUUUGCAUGGUACAAGAGCCUUAUUGCUUGCGGUAUUGCGCUAGGUCUUUCUGUGAGUUCUAAAUGGGUGGGAUUGUUUACCAUUGCUUGGGUUGGUGUAGGCUGCGUUUUUCAAUUGUGGUUUAUAAUUGGUGAUCUCACUGUCGACACAAGAAAAAUUAUUAAACAUUUCAUAACAAGAGGUGUCAUUUUAUUAGGUAUUCCAGCCGUCUGUUACAUAUUUUUCUUUGCUGUUCAUUUUAAUGUAUUAAAAAAUGAGGGCGAUGGAUCGCCAUUUAUGUCAAGCGCAUUCAGGUCAACGUUAAAUGGCAAUGCAAUCCCUAAAAAUAUAACAGCUAAUGUGGGAUUUGGAUCAGUAAUCACUAUAAGGCACAUUGAAACCAACGGUGGAUAUUUGCAUUCUCAUGAUCAUUUUUAUCCCACUGGUUCAAAGCAACAACAAAUCACGUUGUAUCCUCAUUUAGAUUCCAAUAAUAAUUGGUUGAUUGAACCGUAUAACGAUACUAUGCCAGAUAAGUUUGUUCCGAUUCAGGAUGGUACGAAGGUAAGGCUUACUCACGUAAAUACGAAAAGACGCUUGCACUCACAUGAUGAGAAGCCUCCAGUCAGUGAGAGAGAUUGGCAAAAAGAAGUUUCUUGCUAUGGUUAUGAAGGGUUUGAUGGUGAUGCAAAUGAUGAUUUCAUCUUCGAAAUAGUUGACUACAGAUCUAAGAAUGGUGAUGCCCAAGAAGUUGUAAAGGCCCUCAACACUGUAUUCAGAUUAAAACAUGCUAUGACAGGUACUUACUUAUUUUCCAGCGAAGUUAAAUUACCUGAUUGGGGUUUUGACCAACAAGAAGUAACGGCUGCAUCACAAGGAUAUCGUCCGUUAACACAUUGGUACAUCGAAACAAAUUCUAACUCUUUCAUUCCUGAAGAAGAAAAGGAGAUAGUCAAUUAUCCAGUAUUAUCAUUGUGGGAUAAGAUCGUUGAAUCACAUCAAAAGAUGUGGAAGAUUAACCAGGGCUUGACCCAACAUCAUAACUGGCAAUCUUCGCCUCCUCUGUGGCCAUUAUUGUUGAGAGGAAUAAACUACUGGGUAAAAGAUCACAGGCAAGUUUAUUUGAUGGGAAAUGCCGUAAUUUGGUGGUCAUCUUCAUUAGCGAUUGCAACUUUCAUCAUCCAUGCUCUUGUAUCUUUAGUAAGAUGGCAAUGUGGUGCUCAGAUCGCUAAAGAUAGACAUGUCUUUAACUAUAAUUUGCAGUUGUUUUCUUAUAGUCUCGGUUGGUUCCUCCAUUAUUUUCCAUUUUUUAUCAUGGGUAGACAAUUAUUUUUACAUCACUAUAUUCCAGCCGCUUAUUUUGCAAUUCUUGCAUUAGGACAAUACUUUGAACUCUUUGUUGGGUACUUCUCUUCGGGUUCCAAGGCUUUGCAAAAAGUGAUAUAUGCCUUUUUGGCCAUAUUCGUGGCCCUUAACUUGUUGUUUUAUGUGCACUAUUCAUCGAUUAUAUAUGGUACACCGUGGACUCGGGCCUCCUGUGAGGCUUCAAAAGCUUUAGGCACUUGGGAUUUUGAUUGCAAUUCAUUUUAUACAGAUAUCGCUCAAUACCAAUCUUUUACUCCAUCAUCUUCAACGGCUCCCGAUUCAGAGACUCAGGCCGCUCCUGUCGAAAACCAAGCUGAGAUAAGCGAACCUAAAGAGACUCCAAGAGGUAAGAUAAAUAAUGAUGUGAGAGAGGAUUUACAGUCGGAAGUUGAAAGUCCGCCCCCUCCAAAAACUUUGUAUAAAGAUGAAGAAGAGACGGUCCCUCAAGAAGCAGUUGACAAUGAGGAUAAAACUUGA